AUGGUGUCAACCGAAUGGAAACCUCAAAGAAAAUUCCUCUUCUCCCCUCGUAAUGAUAUGCACGUCGGAGAGGCGAUUCGUGUCAAUAUCGAACAGCAAACAAACAGUUUGCAAAAAACUCUUGUGCUUAGUCGAUUACGAGAUGGAACUUGCGAUGCGGCCGUUUUUAACUUGGAACUGUGUUUGACACAUCUGAAACGGAAUGAUUCAAGAGAAGCUCUAAAAUUUGGUUUGACUGCAAUUGAUCACGUGAUCGGAAAACAAACAUCACUACUUUUGUAUUGGUCCAACAAAAUAUUGAAUAUGUCGCCCAUGGAGCGAUGCCAUCAGCUGUGCGGUUCUCACAGCACUUUACAAUGUCUUAUCCUAGCUCACGUUUGUGCCACUCUCUUCCGUUACAAUAUUGGAUCGAUUGAGGAAAUCAACAUGUUUCAGGUGAUGACGGUGGACGCAAUCAGAGCGGCAAUGUUCUUCCAAAUGACCAACGUGAUAGACGAUCAACUAUAUGCUGAUCCGGUUCAAUUUGAGAAAGAACAUUCGUGUUUGCGAAAACCUCUACGUGAUUUGUUCGAAUUGGCAGAUAUGGCAACAUUUGUUUCCGGUAUACUGGAUGUCGUCAUCUCACUUGUUAGCCGCGAGGAGUGCAUUCCGGCACUCCUAGUGCUGAGCUUUCUGAAUUCACUAAACCCGAUUUCGAUCGGCGACUGGCGUAUCACACCCGUGAUUCGUCUGCUACGGAUCGAGUGUUUGAUGCAGAUUGGACAACUUUAUCUCGCUCUGGUCGAAACAGACAGUUUGCUCAAAUUUUCAUCUACCCUAACAGGUGUCAAGGACAUUUCUGAGGGACUUAAUAAGCGAUUCGAUUUAAUGGAUGUCAAAUGUCAACAAGUGAGUCCUUUCUGUUUGUUCAUAUGUGUGCUGAAAUGCACAGCUGAAAAGGUGUGGGGACAGCUAACAGAUACUUGGCAUGUGAUUUAUUGGUAA